UAUUAAUGGCGACUUCUAGCGUUGUCGUGUUCAUUGUGAAAAAAUAAUGUUUUCCGGAUCCGUACCACAAUCGUGUACGGAAAAGUGUUAACGAAAGUAAUAACAAACGUGAUCGAAUUCGGUGUAAAAGUAAAAGAGUAAUCGUGAUAAUGGACCAGGCACCUGCAGAUACAGAGUUACGGAACAUCAUAGACAAACUGGCUCAGUUUGUGGCUCGCAAUGGACCGGAGUUUGAGCAGAUGACGAAAAACAAGCAGAAGGACAACCCAAAAUUUGGUUUCCUGUUCGGUGGAGAGCACUUCAACUACUAUCAAUACAAAGUGACUACAGAGCAAGCCAUUUUAAAGCAAAAAGGAAUAAAUCCAAUGCAAAAUGCAGACCCACGUUUAAACGUUUCGCAGCAGCAGCAGCAAACAGCCGCUACCGUCGCACAGCCACUGAAUAACGUCAAUCUUGCACCUGGCCUAAAUACUCAGAACAAUGGAUUAAAUCCAGUUGUGGGAAUUGGACCAGUGGGAAAUCAAGGUGGUCCAGUUAUACCUGGAGUACUAGGACAAAUUGGAGGGCCAGGAAAUGCAGGACCACCAAUUGGACCAGUCCCUGGUGCUAUGGGAGGUGUGAAUCCAUCUAUUGGUGGUGUUACUCAACCGGUUAACAUUGGCGGACCUCCUGGAUGGCUUCAAAAUGAGUUAGCAAAUCUUCAGUCACAGCAGACAACGCUACAGGAACAAGUUAGACAAUCAGAACAAAAUCUGGCUGCGCAACAUGCUGCAUUGAUGGCGCAACAACAAGGAAGGGUUGAGGAUGCUGUGAGACAAGCUCAAGAAACAGCUUUACAAAACAGUGCACAAAGCACAAACACAGACCUUGCUGCAUUUGAUGCGGUAUUACAACCUAUCAUUGAUAGUUGCACAAAAGAUAGCAUAAGUGCAGGGAAAGCCUGGAUACUUCAAAAUUCUAUCAGUCCACAAAGCAAUCAAGUUGUUGCAGACCAUUUGUUGAAAAAAGUCAUUCAGGCAACCAAUUUUAGUCAUAAACUCCAUAUUAUCUACCUGGUCAACGAUGUCCUACAUCAUUGUGCAAGAAAAAAAUCUAUGGAUCUUCGCAAGGCAAUGGAAAGUGUUGUUGUUCCCAUGUUCUGUAACACUUCAUUAGCUGCAUCAGAAGAACAACUUAAUAAAUUAAAUAAGCUAUUAAGUUUAUGGGAGUCAAAAAAUAAUUACUUUGAUGAAGGAAUUAUAGAUAAAUUGAAACAGCCAAGCACAUCUUGGUCUGAAUAUCAGGCUAACUUGGUUGAACAACAUGCCAGCGCAAUUACACCGAUUACUACAUCAACGAAACAAACCUUUGAUAAUUAUCAAGCACAACAUCAAGCGUUUGUUACACAUGCUUUGAGACAAAUUCAAAAUAUUGAGCAACAAAAGAUCGCAAUUGAUCAACAAUUAAAAGCUCCUCCUCCACCACCACCGCAAUUGAACCAACAAAAUAUGUCUCUGCCACCUAGUCAUUCCGGUCCUCCUGCUCCAAUAAGCACAGAUGUAAAUUUCAGUCAACCGCCACCUGGAUGGGGUGUACCACCCGGGAAUGAACCUCCACCGUUUUCAAAUGUUCCAUUGCCAGAUUUUUCAAAACCACCGCCUGGAUUUGGCCCCCCACCUGUUAUACACGAGCCCUCUGUCGAAGAUUUAAUGCCCAGUAUGCCUUAUUACGAACUUCCUGCUGGCUUGAUGGUACCUCUAAUUAAGUUAGAAGAUGCCGAAUAUAAACCUUUGGAUCCAGAAGCCAUUAGGCUUCCACCACCUGCUCCUCCAAGUGAACGACUAGUAGCGGCUGUAGAAGCAUUCUAUGCGCCACCGAACCAUGAUUCUCCACGGGACAGCGAUGGGUGGGAAAAAUUAGGUUUAUACGAGUAUUAUAAAGCAAAGAAUGCCGCGCGUAAGCGUAAAGAAGAAGAUAUAGCAGCUGGUAUAAGACAAAAAUCAAAAUCGCCGUCACCAAUUCUAAGGCCAAGAUCCAAAAGUCCUAGUCCACCAAAGAAACGAUAUCGAAGUAAAUCGCGAAGUAGAUCACGCUCAAGAUCUAGAGGUAGAAGCAGAUCUAGAUCUCCUGCUGCUAAUCAUAGACGUAACAGUCGAAAUAGCAAUCAUAAUAACAGAAGCAGAAGGAGGAGAAAUAGCAACAAGGAUCGAAGUCCUGAUAGGAGAAUGGACAGGCAAGAUCGAAGUCCAACUCCACCCAGUUUCCUCGGAUCAACCUACAGUAAAGCUCCUCAAGAAAUUAGUCUCGAUGAGAGUAACAAGGGUCAUCAGUUGCUCAAAAAAAUGGGUUGGGGCGGUGCGGGACUUGGUGCCAAUGAACAGGGUAUUGAAGCUCCAAUAUCGGGGGGUGAAAUUAGGGAUAAAAACGAUCAAUAUAAAGGCGUCGGUAUUAAUUUAAAUGAUCCAUAUGAGAACUUUAGAAAGAGUAAGGGACAAGCAUUCAUAACUAGAAUGAAAGCAAGAGCAGAAGAACGUGCCGAAGAAAGGGGUGAACGGGACUGAAUCUAAUCAGGAUAAAUAAUUAAUUUGUCUAUAAUCUUUUCGGUGAAAUAUAAUUAUCGCAUGCAGUAUGAAUUCGCAUGCUCUCACAAUCGUAGUCGACACAAAUUUCCAAUGAUCAAUGUUCUACAAUCCUACAAUGUAAUUUGUGUAAUGAUUUAUUUUAAUCUUUUUAUUUUUUUCAAUCUCUAUUAGGAUAAUCAACGUUUUAUAUCCAUUCUCUUAUUUCAUUGUAUAAACGUUAUAGGAUAAUUGUUUAUUACUGAAAUUACAAAGUUACAACGUACAUUUAUAUAUAUGUUAUAGAGUUGUAUAUUCUUGUUAUAAGUAACAAUCAAUUAUUUUAUAUUUUUAAUUCAAAGAAACAGAGAAAGUGCAUUGACUGAAUAUUGUGUCGAUCAUUCGUGGGCGCAAAUCAUUUAUCUGUAUAUUUCCAAUUGAAAGAAAUACUACGAGUGAAUGAUGAAAAAUAUGAACAAUUGUUUAUGAACUUAAUUGCUUGUCAGUUUAUAAAUAAGACAAGGGUUACGAAAGUUUGCUGUUACACUUGCAGUGAUUGUUACAUACUAAAUUCAAUUUGCAUGGUGCAUAACGCAAAAAGAAAAAAUAUAAUUUUAUGUAUCUUUUGUACAUUAUGUACAAAACUAUUCGAUUUUCGGCAAGGUUACCGUUAAUAAUAAUAGAUGGUUUGUCUAUCGAUAAUUGGAGAUAUCUUGAUUAAAAUAAUAACUAAGUACACCAAAAGGAUCGAUUAAUCAAUAUUGACCAAUCGCACGGUUUAUGAUCAUCACGAACAUGACAUGCAAGAUUACAUAUUAUGUAAUUGUAUUCUGCACGGCAAAAAAAUUCAUUCUGUUUCCAUAUGAAACGAUAAAUUAAUUCGCUGAAUGUCUAUAUAAGAGAAUAAGAGAAUAUCGUGCACUAAUCAUCUUUACAUGAGAAAAAAUAUAUGAAACUAAAAAAGUACUUGUAUUUAGUAAGUUAAUAAAUGAUUAUAUUCGAUACAUAAGAUAAAAUCGAGGAAUAAGCAUUCUAUGUUUAAAUAUAAUGGUAGAAGAAAAGAAUUGUAGAAAGAACGAGAAAAAGAGAGGAAAAAUGUUCUUAAUUAGAGUUAGCACGUCCUCGAGGCGUGCUAUUGACGUACACUCGUACAAACUCUGCAGAAAAUCAUCGUAGAUGUUGUUAAAGAAAAUUAAUUUAAUCGGUUCAAAGAUAUUCCAGAAUAAUAAUGUUCUUAGACUUUUUAUACUGGUAGAUUUAUCAUCAGCUGUCACGUGCACGCGGAUUCAAAGAAAAAUAAAAAGAUAACUGGCUAGGAACAGCCGACAUCCGAUGGCAUUGUUAAUCGUCAGUUGCCUUCUUGAACUCCCCUAGUGGCAGUCGAUAUUGGAACCGAAUAUAUAAAUCCAACGUCAAACCGGUUUCACAGCGAUAACAGUCAGAAGCCACACACUUGGUGGCGUAAACAACACCGGAAAGAUGUGUGCGUUUUCCUAUAGCUAUUCUAUAACUUCACUCUCAUUUUAGUAUUCUUUUUACAUAUAUCACGCGAUAUAUUUUUAUUGAACGAAAUCUAUACGAAAGAAAUAUAAUAAAAUAUUUACGUCGUAACAGAUUUCGAAGUGUCAACCAAGAAGUUGGUGUUUGUACAUUUGGAAAGGUCAUUUAAUAUCUAUUGAGCAUCUUAAUUUCUAUUCAGUAUUUCUUUUUCUUUUUGUCAUAAAUACUGUGUAUCAUGACAGUCGUAAUAUCGUUCGAUAAUAUUUGUCGAAAGUCCCAAAGAUAAGUAAUUUGGUUCCCAAAGAUCGUAAACAUUAAAUUCGACGAUGAUUCUGCAGUAUUAACGGCCUCCUUGGAAGUCAAUUUCGUCGAAGGCAAAGGUCGAUGAUAAAAUGCAACAGUUAAAACAAUAGAAAGAAAAAAGGCAGGAUGAAAUUAAUAAGUGGAGAAAUAUAGUUUGUGGGAGAAUAUUUUUUUCUGAACAAUUUAUAUAAUAUAGCAUCAUUGUAUCGGUCUCGAGAUGCAGUCAUGCCGAUGCACUCGAUGGUAAUAUACGUACUUUGCUUGCGUGAUCGAUAACGAAAUAUAUAAUUUCAAAAAGAAUAUACAGACGCCAAAUAUACAUUGGAUUGUUUUAUAACUGCAGUGUAACCAAACACGAUCUACCUCUUUCGCAAAGCAUGAUGUCACGUUACAAUAAUCGUGUAUACGUAACAACAGAUUGGCACCAAAAAGUCGUGUUUUUUGUGGAUCGAUCGAUUGCUUAUCUCGAAUCGAAAGACGAUUGUAUUUAAAAGAAUCGACUGCGUUCGUGGGAAACCGGUACGUAUGUGUAUAAGUUGGUCGACUGAUGCAACACGUUUAAGCAAAACGUGACAUCGAGGCCGAAAAUGUAAGAAUAAAUAUGUGUAUGAGGAUAUGCGAAGAUAAAAAAAUAGAUUACGUUAACGAUUUUGACGGUGGCACGUAACCAUUGGUACAUGCUUACUCCAGAAGUGUUAUUCUUAAAACAUAAUAUUUAAAUUCGCGACUACAUAUAUUCUUCGAAAGAAAUCGGAAAGUGAAUGGAUUAAUACAUUUACAAGAUAUUCUUUUUCGUUCGUUUUAAUUUGCUGCCUUUUAAACCAUCAGAUUUCCAAACUGAUGCGUAAAUACCUCGCGUUAUACAACGAUAAAAAGGUAUAUUUUUAGUAAUUUUUAGAUCGAUAUUUCACAUACGUAAGAUUUUUAAUAUUUUGAUGAUUUUAUUUGAUCUAUGUUUGUUCCGUUUUAAAUAUGCCAAUGAAAAAUGAAAAACAUGACCUUUCGAAUAUUCGCUCCAUUCAUGAAAUGAGCAUUUAAUUUUGCGACACGGAUUGUAAUGUGUAGACAUCGAUAAUAUUAUUGAUAAACUUUUACGUAUUGGAUAGAAUUUAAAUUUUCGAAACAGUGUUUUGUAUCUGCAGUGUAGUAACAAUAACGAAGUUAACAAGUUAUAAAAUUACACAUUCUGAUAUCAACUCUGUUCUGUUAAGACAUAAAAGUAAAAAAGGUAAGAAAAAAUCUAAUCAAUACAUAAUAAGAUCAUAGCACUUCGUGUGACGCCAUUCUAAACGACGAAAAAGAAUUUGUAUGCGAGUAAAAUGAGUCUCGUAUUACUGACUGCAUGUAGUAGGUGCCACGUAUCAUUUUACCCUCAUUUGUCAAGGUUUUCACGGACGUUGUCAAAUUAGAACGACUCUCCUUGGACCUGUUACGUUCAGGGUUCCAUAUAAAGACAUAUCGCAGUUUCGUCGCUCGAUCACAACAGAUUGCGGCAUUCUUCUAUGUUGUACGAUGAACAUAAUAACAGUCUACUGAAGUUAUGGUAACGUCGAAUAGAAUGAAAUAAAAGUUUCACUGAACGAUCGAAAUAUUCUCAAACUUACAGGAACAUGAAUAUAUAAACAUUUUUAGACACGAAUUGCCCGUGUUAUUGGUAUCAUCAACCUUGUGCCAUUUUUACAUUUGUUCGACAAAUGGCGAAUAAAUUGUCCAUAUUAUUAAUUUUAAUUACUUAUAGCGAAUGUUAAGAGUAUUUUUGCAAAUUUUAUAAAUAGGACGUAUACUAGCAACAGUCGCGAAGAAAAUAAUUCAACUCUGCAAUAAUUAAUUCACCGAUUCUCAAGCAGUAACUACCUUUUGAAAGUCAACUAUAAAUCACGAUCUGUCGCAGGUAACAGGUGACCUCAAAGUAAUCAGAAACCGGAUCUCGCACUCGAGCCGCGUAUUUAGGCCGGAAGUGCGUCUCUAAGGUUCGCUUUAAAUAGUCACUCAGCCUGUUGGUUUCCUUAUAAAGUAGGUAUCGAUAACAAGCACCCAUCGUUGAUUUCAAACCAACAUUCUAGACAAUCUAUUCUUAGUAUUAUGAUAACAGAGUUAUAAUUAGCUCUUCGUCUUGGUAAUAAUUACUCUGCUAUGGAAUUUUAUCUGAAUUUCAAUAACACGCCAUUACAAAAUAAAUAUCAAAUUGGAUCGAUAUAUUUAUUAAAAAAUACCAAAAACUACCGCCAUUUCCCAUAUUCACGUUAUUUGCAAAUAGAACAUUCUAAACAUUACUCGAAUGAAAUAACGAAUAUCUGAAACGUCAGAAUAAAAACUUUCAUUUAUAUCGUGUAACUUGAUCCAACCAUAAGUUAGUUGUUCAAAUAAAAUAGAACAUUCCUGAUCACACUUGUUAUUAAUCGAACUCUCAUUUCUCAAUCUUAUUACUGAAAAUUUUAUAUGUUGAUUCCUAUAUUUUGCAGGAAAACUUGGUCAAUCUGUUCGUGUAUACAUUGCAAUUCUUUUUUUUUUUUUUUUUCAAUUGCUUGACACCUCCUCCUUUCGCGACCGAAAGGUGCACGCAAAGAGACGCCACGAUGAACGUGUGCAGUGAUCGGCAUACCUGCGUGUCGGUUGACUCGGACAGAGAAAACGGGUUAGCGUGACUCGUGAAUUAGAGAGAACCGCGUGCAUUCGCAACAGUGCCGGUAGAGGAUCGCGGACGAGGAUAGAGAACGCGUGGAGUCGCGCGAGUGGAACGAGGACGACGAGAAGGUACCGCGUUGCAUUCCACGUGAUCAAGAGAAGGGCACGCCUCGGCCGUCGAGUCACGCGCUCGACCACGCGUUUAUCCUUACCGACACGUGCACGCAAUGUGUCCGACCGCGCACUCGGUAGAACAGAGAGCUGGUUAUUUGCGCAUACGGUGCACGAUGACAUCUCUUGGACGUUAGUCCAUUAUACACGUCGAAUUACGAACGAUGCGACACCGUGCGGUUGCAUCAGAUUCCCGUGUAAUCGUUUGACUUUGGAAAUGCAACCUCUUUCAUACGGAUCUGUUUAAAUAACGUAACUUUUCCAUUGUGUAAUAUCGCGUCCCCGCGCUAUGUCGUUCUUUUAGAAUUAUCGACUUCGAUCGAGGUAGCUGAAGGAUAGGCGAGUUAUGUAGCACAAGCGAAGUUAUGGUAUCCUUCUGGAACGCUAUAUCGUACUUACACAGGCUGGCUGGGAAUUAUUGGUUUUUACAGAAUUAGGAAUUCAAUGUACCAUUGGCAGUAUAUGUAUAGGAUUUUUCAAAAUGAAUGUUCAAAGCUGAUCGAUGAAUAUUUCUAUUCUCCAUAUUUGGAUACGUAUAACAGCGAUCAACGUAUUGAAAUUCUGCAACAAUUAUUUUUAAUUAAUUCUCGUAUAUGUUAAUGUUCACAGCUGGUAGUUUCCCCGUGUGCUUUCAGACAAAUCGUUGAUUCGUAUCGCGAAGAUUAAAUUGGAGCGUGAGAUACCGUAGCGUAAAUACAUUGUCCGAUGAGCUGCGUACUAUAAAAAGGAGAGAAACAUUCGUGGGAUUUUCAGGUUCAAGUACGAAGCCGUGUUCGAAGUUUAUUUCUUGGGAACGCGCGGACCUAUCAGGAUUUGUUCACGGGAAUCGAAAGCUGUCCAGGGCGAGAAGGAAACGCAACGUAACCGGCUGUAAUUAUGUGUCGGCCAGGCGAAUGUUCUAAUUUGUCAAGGACAAACGAGCGAACAUUGCUGCGAAACGUGAUUUUCAGGCGAUAAUCAAGGGGAAGCACCUCGAUGCAUUCAACGAUGCAAUCACCGUGACGUAAUUACUUUCACGUGCCCUCACUCGACCCUUGUGUAACGUUCUUCUUUUCCUCUCUUUUUUUUUUUUUUUUUUUUCAUCGUUGUUCUAAAACCGUGGCCACAUCAAUUUCACUUUGUCGCGUCAUUACUAAUUCAACGUUCUUCGAUUUUACGUAAUGCGGAUUGCGUGGUCUUGAAACACUACGUCAAAAUUGACACGGAGUGACAGAGGAACACAGGUGACGUACUUCAUUCAUAAAAAUUUAGAAGAUUCAUUCGAGAUACAUUGUCGUAGAUAUUAGAAGAAUGACUACAAGGUACGAAAGUAAUCGUAAUACACCGUGUUUGUGAAAAAGCUGCAAACAUCGUUGAAUAUUCAUCGACGUGUGUUCACCAAGCUGGCCGUUUUAUCUAAAAGUCACGUAGGCAUCACAGUUGAGACAUGGUCACCGUUUGAACGAUGCAUAAUUUAAUUCCAGCUCAAAGAGGAAUCGUCGAGUGCUCUAGAAGGAAUUUAAAUUGCUCCGUCUUGUAGUAGAAUCCGGAAUCAAAGGUUAAAGAUCCGUCCACGAUAACGACGCCCUAUCGGGCCUAUCUGUGACGAACCGUUCGAGUACCAAAAUAUCGCAGACCAUACGUUACGGUCAAUUGAUGAGCAUUAGGUUCAAUAAUUUGGUUUUGGAACGAGUACGAAGACCAAACCGAUUAAUGCAUGACACGGGACACGUAAUGGUGUACCAGAUCAAGAAUAGCUCGGAGUCGCCACAGAUUGCGUUUAUUUUCUCCUGAGCCGUGCAGAAAAUAAAACGCCUAUUUUCGAAUCGGUCGUGUUACGCGCGUACUCGUGCAUACGUCAAGUUCGUAGCCGCUUUAAAGGGAGAACGAGCCAAAAUCUUCACUAUCUUGGUAAUAUGAAUAUUUAAACCGAAUACAUCGUACGUCGAAUAUCGUAAGAUCGUUUGAUCCAGCAUUAUCAACAUUAUCGGACAUUGUCGAAUAUGGUCAGUAUCCUAAGUUAAUAUUUUUCACGGUAUUGCUUAUUGCCUACAAUUAAUCAGAGAAAUUUAAUACGAACACCGUUGAUGUUUCCUUUGUUUGCAGACUGCCUCGUUCGUCUUGGAAUUUCUUGUCCACCAGCAGGCCACCGUUUACAUAAGAUGUCACAGUAGAGAGAAAGAGAAAGACGGAGUGAGAGAUCGAUCUACGAUCAUCGGCUCUAAAAAAAGAAAUCGGGAAGUAGGAAGGAAGACAGAGAAGAAAAGAAGAGGGCGCCAGUACAGAUAUAUCGG